UUUUGAUUUGUUAAGUUGGCUAACUUGAUCUAUUUUGAAAGAAAUUUUUGUAAGAUUUUCUGAUUUUUGUCUUGUCAUUCAUAUUCACAAAAAAUGGCUGCAGCUGCGGUGCAACCGUCUAAUAUUAGUGAUUAUCUAUCUAAAAAACAACAAGAAAGUCCAAAAGAAUUAGGUUCCGAAUGGGCCGAACUCGAGGAACUUCAUAAUAAAAAAUUAUGGCAUCAAUUAACAUUAAAAUUACUCGUUUUUAUUAAAAAACCGGAAUUACAAAAAGGCGACAACCUAAUUCAACUUUAUCACAAUUUCAUUCAAUCCUUCGAAAAUAAAAUCAAUCCUUUGUCUUUGGUUGAAAUAGCGGCUAUUGUCGUCGAACAAUAUAAAGAACCUAAGGAUGCAAUCACUUUCUUAGAGAAGACUGAACCUAAAGUUAAAAUCAAUCCAGAUGCACAAAAUCUCUGCAAAGUUUUGGAGGGCCAAAUUUAUCUCGAAAAGUUAAACGAUUUAGAUGCCACCAAAAAGAUUAUAGAGGAAGUCGAAGCCACUCUAGACAACGCAGAUGGAGUUACACCUGUGCAUGGCAGGUUUUAUUUACUGGCCUCUCAAUAUUAUCGAAUUCAAGGGGACCAUGCACAAUAUUACAGAACUGCCUUGAGGUAUUUGGGUUGCAUAGAGCUGGACACUUUAAAAUCCGAUGUCAAAGUACAACAUGCAUUUUUUUUGGGAUUGGCAGCUCUGUUGGGUGAAGGUGUGUACAAUCUUGGAGAAUUACUGGCUCACCCUGUGUUAGACUCUUUGAAAUCAACAGAAAAUGCUUGGUUAAUUGAACUUUUGUAUGCUUUCAAUUCUGGUGACAUAAAGAGAUUUGAAGCUAUGAAAACACAAUGGGCUGGCAUAGCAGAUCUAGCUGCUGAGGAGCUCUUUUUGAGACAAAAGAUAUCUUUGUUGUGUCUGAUGGAGAUGACCUUUAGCAGACCAUCUCACAACAGACAACUAACUUUUGCUGAAAUUUCAAAAGAAACUAAAUUACCUCUUAAUGAAAUUGAACUUCUGGUCAUGAAGGCACUUUCUCAAGGUCUCGUUAAAGGUGCUAUUGAUCAGGUUGCCAGUACUGUAAAUAUGACAUGGGUCCAACCUAGAGUUUUGGACAAGACUCAAAUAUCCAGCAUGGUAUCCAGACUUAGUCUGUGGUGCACACAUGUCAAUACUAUGGAACAGUUAUUAGAAGAAAAAGCAAGUGAAAUAUUAACUUUGUAGUAGGUACUAAUAUUAAUUUAUAAAAGCAUGUCCACAAUAUAAUUUUUUUUUAACGAAUAAUGUAAUAAAAUAAAGUAUUAAAUGAUUUGGAUUUUAUUAAAAAAAAAAACUGAGCGGAGAACCAUUUUGUAUCACAUGAGGGGAUCUAGAACGAAAGGUGGCAAUCUCCCUUUUUGUGAAAAUGAGUUAAACACCUCCACCUAUCAGCUGGUAUCAAAACUGUCAAUCAGGUGGCCAUAUGGAUUGUUAAGUUUUGCACUCACCACGUUUGGUUUUGCAUACUGCCAAUUUGUUAGAGUUACCAGUUGUUUUAAUUUAGCUUAAUGAACACCGAUUUAUAUUAUAAGUUUACCUAUUAAUAAAUAAUAGUAAUGUAAACAACCCUUUAG